AUGUUCGAAGAUCCUGGGUGCAAGUGGUGGCGUAUCAAUAAUCAUACCGACUACCUGGUAGGUCAUCACGAAGAUAACGUGCGAGACCAUGCGACUAUACUGGGGAAAUAUAUUGAGGGCUUAGUCUACCUGGAACAGCUCUAUAUCAAUAGCUUUUUUAUCAACCUGGAUAGUGUUUUCAGACAUCGAUUAGAGCAUAGGCAAUAUCACCCCAGGGGACACCACGAUCGCACGAACCCUGUCGAUGGGGUAAUGAUGCAUAAUGCGCUGCAUCUAGCCGCCCUAGCCCCAGAAGGUGCACCUCCAAUCAAUCCAAAUAUGCCCCUUCUUGCAGAUAAGAUACUCUGGUCAAGCUCCUGCCCUCAGUGCGAAUACGAACUACAAGAUUCAGUCGGAAACGCCGAGGCGAACCGAGCCGAGCGAGUGGACGGUGCUACGUAA